AUGAUCGUUUCCUUUGGUGAUGCCACCACUAGAACUUCCGAGGUUCAGUUGGUAAGAUGUAACCAGGGCCUCAACUUGUGGAAGUUGCACCAGGUUCACUCCAUUUACAAACUUGUCAUCCAUGACCUGAUGAGCGUCGAAGAGGCCAACUCCGGUAUCGAUGCCAUCUUGGCUCAAAAAAACUUAUACCCUCCCUGGGUUUGCGUCUUACUGUAUGGUUUUUGCUCCUCGAUGGUAACCCCAUUCGCGUUUAGCGGUGAUUGGAUCAACAUGGCCACUUCAUUCUUCAUCGGAACCUGUGUUGGGUGUCUUCAAUUCAUCGUUUCACAGAGAUCAAAUCUUUACUCUAAUGUAUUCGAAGUCACGGCUUCCAUCGUGGUCAGCUUCUGUGGUAGGGCGUUAGGGUCGAUUCCUAAAUCUAAUAUUUGCUUUGGUGCCACCGUCCAGGGCUCUCUUGCCUUAAUUCUGCCUGGCUAUAUCAUCCUGUGUGGUUCUCUGGAAUUGCAAAGCAGAAAUAUAGUCGCAGGAGCCGUGAGGAUGUUCUAUGCCAUUAUUUACUCAUUAUUUUUGGGUUUCGGUAUCACUUUGGGCGCCGCUCUAUUCGGAUGGUUGUACCACGACGCGACAAAUGAAACCACAUGCGCGAAACAUGUUUCUCCAUGGUUCAGGUUCAUCUUCGUUCCUGCCUUCUCCAUCGGUCUUGCUUUGAUUAAUCAAGCAAGAUGGACCCAGAUUCCAGUCAUGACGUUCAUAUCUUGCUGCGGUUAUGUCGUCACAUAUUUUUCAGGUUUACAUUUCAAGAACUCUACAGAGUUUACAUCCGCUAUGGCGGCAUUCAUCAUCGGUAUUUUGGGUAACUUUUAUUCUAGAAUUUGGAAAGGUUUAGCUGUGUCUGCUAUGUUGCCGGGGAUUUUCGUGCAAGUUCCAUCCGGUGUUGCCUCACAAAGCUCUCUAUUGGCAGGUGUGCAAAGCGCUAACGAAAUUACAAAUUCUAGCAGCUCUUCAGAAGCAGCUACUGCUGAUCUUUCUUCCUCCAUGUCCUUUGGUAUCACCAUGAUUCAAGUGUCUAUCGGUAUUUCUGUUGGUCUAUUUGCCUCGACAUUGUUUGUCUACCCAUUCGGUAAAAAGAAGACAGGCCUUUUCACACUGUGA